GUAAACAAAGACGCCAAAUAUGCGGAAGUUUUUUCUGUGGCGUUGACAAAAGGGAGGCCUAUGACAAGUCAUUUGACACUAAAUUAAGUUGGAAACUAGUCUACCCUGAUGGUCAGUAUUGUUUAACACUUCCGGGUCAGGAAGAUCAAGAGUUUACUUUAAGAAAAUAUAAAGAAGACCUGGGAAAACCAUAUAAUCGAAUCACCUUAUACUUGUGCCCAGAAGAACCAGAUUUCAAUCCUGAAGCAAGUGACGAAGAUCAGUUUGAUGUUACUCAGGAUGUCAGGUAA